CCGGUUGGAUCUCGGUGACGCGGUGCUGCGCCGCAGAUAUAAAUAGCACCCGGAUGCUGGAGAACAACUUCAGAAAAAAAAAAUAAUAAUAACAAAGAUAAACAAAUAAACACGUGUGUCCGGAGCCAGCGGUGUCUUGCUUUAACCAAACGCACCAAGAGAGAUGCCGUGUGGCUCCACAUUCCCAAAGCGCACCCAGCUGGAAGUCCACUGACAUCGGACAGUUGUCACUGCCCUGGUGAUGGCUCACCGGGGGCCGCUCGUCGCCGUCAUCACGACGCUCCUCGGCGCCACCUUUGGGGGUCUGCUCGUGUGGCGAGCGUUCAGCACCAAGAGGAAGCGGCCGCCUUCCGUCCAGAGGGAACCGCCGCUUCCUGUCGCCGCAGAAGCCGACCGGCGCCCCCUACAUGAGGAGUUUGAGGCUGCGGCGUGUGAGAAGACCAGGGCGGCCCCUCCCCUGUGCAUCCCGUCCUCCGAACAGCUGCUGGCGACGACGCCAAUGAUGGUGAGCUCACUGGAGGAAUGGCGGCAGCUGUGGCCACCGAUGCAGGAAGACCUGGCGGCGGUCCCGGUGCUGGGACUCGACUGCGAAUGGGUAUCAGAGAAGGGCCGCCCUCAAGUGGUCUCCCUGCUCCAGAUGGCGUCUUAUUCCGGCCGGUGCGUGCUGGUACGGCUUCCGGCGUUCGGCGACGCGCAGCUCCCGCCAGACCUGAUGGAGGUCCUGCGUGACCCGCACGUCCUGAAGGCGGGUGUCGGUUGCCACGACGAUGGCAAGCGGCUGACUCGCGACUACGGGGUGUCGCUGACCAGCACAGUGGACCUGCGCCACCUGGCCCUGAGGCAAAAGCAGGUGCCGGUGAGCAACGGACUUGGCCUGAAGUCGCUGUCAGCCGACGUGUUGAACGUUUCGCUGGACAAGUCGCUGGAACUGCGAUGUAGCGACUGGGAGGCAGACAAGCUGACGCCGGAGCAGAUGACGUACGCCGCCAGGGACGCCCAAGUGUCCGUUGCUCUCUUCUUCCACCUGCUCGGUCUCCGCCCCGAAGCCGACCCCGCUUGCACCCACGGGCUCUCCUACGCCGUGUUGGCCGCUCGCUGCCAGGGGCUGUUCGACGUGCCGUUCAGGGGCCGGGGGGCCGACGAGCGCAGUGACGUCGGCAAUGGCAGCACAGAGAGGACAACGCGAAUGCGCAGGCCCCUGAUGGGCACGUCCUCGAGCCCGGAGUCUGGAGAUCUGCAAAUCCCAGACCCCAGGAAGAACAACAAAAGGAAGCCACUGGGUGUGGGCUACUCUGCAAGGAAGUCUCCUCUCUACGAUAACUGCUACCUGCACGCCCCCGACGGUCAGCCGCUUUGCACGUGUGACAAGAAGAAAGCCAAGUGGUACCUGGAUAAAGGAAUAGGAGUGCUCCAAAGUGAGGAUCCGUUUGUGGUGAGACUUCUGUUCGAGCCGUCGGGACGUCCAGACUCCCAGCAGGACUACUACCUCACCGCCAAGGAGAACCUAUGCGUGGUCUGCGGGAGAGCAGACUCUUACAUCAGGAAGAACAUCGUCCCUCACGAGUACCGCCGGCACUUCCCCAGCGAGAUGAAGGAUCACAACUCCCACGACAUCCUGCUGCUGUGCACCGGCUGCCACGCCGCCUCCAAUCUGCACGACGCCGUCCUCAAGCAGCAGCUGGCCGACGCCUUCGCCGCCCCGCAGGGUUGCGAGGAGGGAGUGCGGCCCAUGGAGGACCCGGAGCGGCGGCGGGUGCGCUCGGCGGCCCGCGCUCUCCUCAGCGCCGGCUGCGGGCUGCCCCAGCGGCGACGGGACGAGCUAAGGGUGCUCGUCAAGAACUUCCUGAACGUGGGGGAGGAGCGAGAGCUGACGGAGGAGGAGCUUCGGCGGGCCGCCGCUUUGGAGACCAGGAUUUUAAACGAGGCGUACGUGCCUCACGGCCUGAAGGUGGUGCGCGCCUACGCCGAGCGAGGCCCGCACGGCCUGAUGGAACUGGAGCGGUGCUGGAGGCAGCACUUCCUGUCCGCCAUGCGCCCCAAACACCUUCCGCCGCUCUGGUGCGUGCAGCACAACCACCUCAAGCUGCUCCGCAAGUACGGAGACAACCUUCCCGUCAAACUCGACUGAAUGGCACGGACCGCCGCGUAGCAAUCACCACGUCGCGGUAGGAUUAUUUUUUUUUGCUUGUUUUAAAGAUGGAACCCAACUCAUUUGGGAAAUUUACAAAGAGCUUUUUUUUAUAUAUAUAUAUAUAAAUAGCAGCCUGCUCUUACUUUAGUCAUAGCAGGUUAGCGGCUAACGCUAAUGAGGCUCGUCCCUAAAGUUUUUCUGUCGCUCCCGCCCACUUCUUUUCUAUUGUCAGUCAAUCGUUCAAGUUGCGCUCUUUAAAAAUGUCAUCUCUUUAAGAUCCCCUUUAAUUUAUUCCAAGAUGAGAUUUGGGUCAGCUGUCACAGUGAGGAGGGAACAACAUGCACACACACACGACACAAUGCAAAAUGUGUACGUUUCUUGUUGUCCCCGCCCGCUUUUUUUCCACUAUUGUCCUUUUCAGUCAAUAGAUUAAUUUCAGCUCUUCAAAAUUUCAUCUUCUUUCAUUUAUUUGAGAUUUUGACCAGCUCUCUCAGGGCAACGCUAAAUGCUCUGCCCUUAAUGUUUCUAGUCUCCCGCCCACUCCCCUCGACUGUUGUCCUUUCAGUCAAUAGAUCUUGUUGCGCUCUUUCAAAUAAUCAGCUUUUUUGAUCCCUUUUCACUUUUUUCAAGAUGACAUUUUCACCAGCUCUCGCUGUGGGCGGCCGGCGGACAGUAAUGCUUUAAUUGUCGCUCCCACCCACUUUUUUUCCCUGACUAUUGUCCUUUUCAGUCAAUAGAUCAAGUUCCGGUCUUGAAAAUUUCCACUUCUUUGAUACCCUUUGAUUUAUUUCAAGGUGAGAUUCUGACAAGCUCUUGCAAGGAGGGGGGCAAGGUUGAUGGUACAUCCUGAGUCCCUACUUUUAUUUCAAUCAGAUCAUAUUAAAAAUGUCAUUUGUUUUGAUCCCCUUCAGUUUUUUUUCAAGAUGAGAUUUUUUUUUGGGGGGGGGGCAGCGGCAUGCAGAAACUGUCCAUAUUUCAGUCAAUAGAUCAAGUUGGGGUCUUUAAAAGUUUCAGCGGGGGGAGCGACGCUAACGCCUAGCUCGUGCGCAAAACGCUUCCCUUCCCAUUUGCGGGACGCCUUCCGAGGUCCAUGUUCUAGUAGGCCUCCUAGUCCCGACGUACCCCAAACGCACCACUAGCUCGUUUAGCGCGAUGAAGGCGACCCUCGGAAGCGGAGAGAAAGCAGUAUCUUUGUAAAUAUGAAUGAAAUACUAUUAAUAAAGUUUCUAAUGAAAUUCAAAGACAAAAA